UGGAGAGUCUGGCCGCGCGAGACUAUCAAAACUAUGGCUGAGCUUUGUAUUGACGAUCUUAAUGUCGUGUAUAAUGAAGUUAAACCCAUCGCUGCACAAUGGAAGCACUUUGCUAACUCGCUGUACAUUAGACCAUCUACUGUUAACGUAAUUCAAGCUAAUGACAGUAAUGAUUGUGAAUCGUGUUUGCGCAAGGUUUUGGAGCACUGGUUAAGGAAAGAUUACGAUUGUGAGUUCUAUGGUCCUCCAUGUUGGAGGAGAGUGUGUGUAGCUGUUAAAGAAGGAGGAGGUGACACUGCAUUAGCUGAAGACAUAGCUCGUAAGCAUCCUCUACCAGAAGAAGGCAACUCAAAAGAUACAUGUAAGUCAAUUUUUGGUCUUUCUGUCAAAGAUUUUUCACUCCUGGACAAGAUAUAUGAUCUUCAAUUGGAGUUUUCUGAUAUUCUUACAGAAACAAAAGAUGCAUUUAAACCAGAACUCCUUCCAAAUAUUAUUGAUUACCUUGAGACGUAUGUCCCUGCUCUACUUGGUCCAAACAAAAAUAAUCAAGCUGCAAUGCAGAAAAUUAAACAAGACUUUCAUAACAUUGAAAGUAUAAAGGAUUUAUUUAUGGUGUUACAAGGCAAGUACAUGUCGUGGUUUAACUAUGAACUAAUCGUUAAACUUGUUAAUGUAUUCUUACCUGAUAAUCAAUCAUUAAAAAGGAUGUGGUUAAGCUACAAGGAGAAAUUGAAGGAUUAUUUUUUUAACAGUGGUGGGCUAUUGAGAGAUGCUGAUGCUGUAAACUUUGGUAUAACAGAUGUUCCUCCUGGUACACAAGUAAUGAUUGCUAAAGUUGAUCGGGAUGACUACACACCAGCUGACCUUUUCUUUUUUCGUAGAGCAAUACCAAAAGAACUAAAUAUUCCUAAUGUUAAUUUGUACUUCAGUUUUGUUCGUCCUGGCUCUCUACAGCUGUUACAUAAUAUUCCUGAUUACCUAUACUCUGCAUUGUUUCCUCUAUCUACAGAGAUACAGCAACAGUUAGCUAGUAUUGGUAUCAGUGAAAUAGCAUGUGGUGAUUAUAAAUAUGAUCUAAGAAAGCUCUCAUCAUCACAAGAAUUUCAGCUGUUAAUUUUAAAUUUUGAUAUAUGUGAUCCAUUAUUGUAUGAAAAUACCAGUACACCAUUACAUGAAGCAGCUUGGAGAGGAUUAAAAGAUGAAGUACAAUGGCUUCUUACCAAGUUUGGCUACAGCACUUAUCAUCGUGGUCUUCAUGGUUGGACCCCAUUACACUCUGCAUCAUACGGUGGACAUAUUAAGAUCCUUCAACUACUCAUCCAUCAAUAUGGUAUUGAUCCUAAUGAAGGUGAUGAUAAUAGUGUAUCUAGUUUACACAUGGCAUCUUAUAAGGGCCAUUUAUCUAUAGUACAAUAUCUAGUAGAUACGUAUCACGUUCCUCCUGACAAGCCAGACAGUAGCAACAACACUGCAUUACUGUACUCAGCCAUGGGGGGCCAUUUUGAACUAGUGGAAUUCUUUAUUGAGAGAAAUUGUGAUGCUUUUCACAUUAAUAGUGAAGGUGCCUCUUUAUCACUGCUAGCUUGUAAAAGUGGGCAGCAGGCACUAAUUUAUAAGCUUGAAUCUUUAAAGCUUUUCAAACCAAAUUCAUCUGAUAUUUAUGGAUCUGGCAUAUUGCAUUAUUGUUCUAUGAAUAAUGAUGAUGUUGAACUCUUUAAGUAUCUUUUGACCCGAUAUCAGUUAGCCAUUGAUAUGUCAGAUCAGUUUGGUCAGACUCCACUUCAUAUUGCUUCAUGGUACGCUUCAUCAUCAAUUGUUGAAUAUAUUGUUAGUAUUCAAAGUAAUGAAGUAUUAUUAGAUAAUAAUAAUAAUGGCUCUUCAUGCUUACAUUAUACAAGUGAUGUAUAUAUGAUUAUUAAAGCUACUACUGUGUACAGUAAGCUAAUUGCACAACGUGAUGCAUCAUUUAUUACAGAUAGUAGUAAUACUAAAGUCAAAAGUAACAUUGAUUUUAUUACACGCAACAAAAGAAUAAAAUUGUUUGCUUCACUUCUUGAGAAAGCUAGUAACUGGCCUAACUUUGAUAUCAAUGCCAGUACAAAUUAUGGCCAGUUAUUAUUGCAUUGUGCAGCACGCAGUGGCAGUACAUUACUAGUGAAGGUAUUAGAAGAAUACAAUAUUGAUUGUACAUUAGAUUAUUAUGGUAUGUCUCCAGUACAUUAUGCUGCCUGGUCAGGUUCUACUAGUGUAUUAAGCUAUAUCAUAUCUCGGUGUAAUCUUAAUGCUAAUGAUAUUGAGUAUUCUGGUCGUACACCAUUAGCCUACUCUUGCUGGUCAGGUAGUAUUAAUUCUGUUAAAUAUCUUAUUAAUAAUCAUAACAGUGAUCCUAAUAUCACUGAUAAUGAUGGUAUGACAUGUCUACAUCAUUCUUGUCGCAAUGGUCAUAUUGAUGUCACUCAAUAUCUCAUUGAGGUACUGCAUUGUGAUGUUAAUAAAACAGAUAAUGAAGGACGCACGUUAGUACAUCAUGCUGCAUGGAGUGGUAACUUUGAUUUAGUUCAGUAUCUUAUUACUGAACAAAGUUUGUCUCCUACUGCAGUGGAUAAGAAUGGUCUCACUGCUUUACAUUAUGCUUCAGUGUCUCUUAACUUAUCUCUUGUUAAGGAAUUAAUAACUACCUAUCAGUUAGAUCCUCAUCAAACUGACGGUAAUGGUAAGCUAUUGAUUCAUUAUGCUGCUGAAGCUGGUGAUAUUUUACUACUGGAAUUAUAUGUAAAGGACUACAAGUGUCAUCUGAGCCUAACAGAUAACAGAGGCUGGAAUAUUAUUCAUUUUACUUCAAUUGAAGGUCAUAAUUUUAUAAAGAAUAUCAUUAAUCAGUAUCCUCAAUACAUCAGUAUGCUACACUCUACUGACAAUGAGGGUAGGCUAGCAUUACAUUUAGCCUGUAUGAGUGGUAGUAUUCAAUUGGUGACUUUUCUAAUAGAUGACAUGAAGUGUGAUGUCACUGUUACAAAUACCAAUGGUAGUAGUUGUGUCAUGCAUGCCUGUUUCUCUGGUAAUCUUGAUCUAGUACGAUCACUGAUACAACAAUACAAUCUUGAACCUAUCAAUAUUAAUAACUCUGGUUUCUCAGUAUUACAUGCAGCAGCUCAGAACGGUCAUACUCAUAUACUGGAAUGGUACAGUCAGGAGUAUAGUGUGGAUAUUACUAAUCACACUAGCAAUAACAAGUACACACUAGCUCAUUCAGCCGCUUUUAACGGUAAACUACAUUGUCUACAGAAACUGAUCAACAAGUAUCAGUGUGAUGCUAAUGCCACUACUACUAAUGGUAGUACAGUUCUUCAUAAAGCUUGUAAAGGAGGCCAUGUUCCUGUUGUACUUUAUCUCACUAGUCUUCCUCAGUGUAAUGUAGCAGCUAAGACCUCUAACGGAUCAACAGUUCUUCACACUACCUGUAUGUCCAGUGGCUCUCUUCCUAUACUCAAACAUCUGGUAGAGAAUCAUGAGUUAGAUCUAUGUGCUGUGAAUGAUGAGGGAAUGGCCCCUUUUCACUAUGCAUGUAGUAAGGGGAGAUUGAACUUGGUCCAGUAUAUUAUAGAACAUUUAACAGUACAAAACAAAAUUGGCUCAAUCAACAUUCUUUUAAAGCAACAUGUGACCACAAAUGGCAGUGUAGCAUUGCAUUUAGCCUGUUCGAGUGGUAAUAUUCAAUUGGUGACUUUUCUAAUAGAUGACAUGAAGUGUGAUGUCACUGUUGCUGAUAGACAUGGUAGUAAUUGUGUCAUGCAUGCGUGUUUUUCUGGUAGUCUUGAUCUAGUACGAUUACUAAUACAACAAUACAAGCUUAAACCUAUCAAUAUUAGCAGCACUGGUUUCUCAGUAUUACAUGAAGCUGCUAAGAAUGGUCAUACUCAUAUACUGGAAUGGUACAGUCAGGAGUAUAGUGUGGAUAUUACUAAUCACACUAACAAUAACAAGCUCACACUAGCUCAUGAAGCUGCUUUUAAAGGUAAGGUACUUUGUCUACAAGAACUGAUCAACAAGUAUCAGUGUGAUGUUAAUGCCACUACUACUAAUGGUAGUACAGCUCUUCAUAUAGCGUGUGCAGGAGGCCAUGUUCCUGUUGUACUUUAUCUCACUAGUCUUCCUCAGUGUAAUGUAGCAGCUAAGACCUCUAACGGAUCAACAGUUCUUCACACUACCUGUAUGUCCAGUGGCUCUCUUCCUAUACUCAAACAUCUGGUAGAGAAUCAUGAGUUAGAUCUAUGUGCUGUGAAUGAUGAGGGAGUGGCUCCUUUUCACUAUGCAUGUAGUAAGGGGAGAUUGAACUUGGUCCAGUAUAUUAUAGAACAUUUAACAGUACAAAACAAAAUUGGCUCGAUCGACAUUCUUUUAAAGCAACGUGUGACCACAAAUGGCAGUGUAGCAUUACAUUUAGCUUGCACGAGUGGUAAUAUUCAAUUGGUGACUUUUCUAAUAGAUGACAUGAAGUGUGAUGUCACUGUUACUGAUAGACAUGGUAGUGAUUGUGUCAUGCAUGCGUGUUUCUCUGGUAGUCUUGAUCUAAUACAAUUGCUGAUACAACAAUACAAGCUUGAACCUAUCAGUAUUAGCAACACUGGUUUCUCAGUAUUACAUGAAGCUGCUCAGAAUGGUCAUACUCAUAUACUGGAAUGGUACAGUCAGGAGUAUAGUGUGGAUAUUACUAAUCACACUAACAAUAACAAGUACACAUUAGCUCAUGCAGCUGCUUUUAAAGGUAAGGUACUUUGUCUACCAGAACUGAUCAACAAGUAUCAGUGUGAUGUUAAUGCCACUACUACUAAUGGUAGCACAGUUCUUCAUAUAGCGUGUGCAGGAGGCCAUGUUCCUGUUGUACUUUAUCUCACUAGUCUUCCUCAGUGUAAUGUAGCAGCUAAGACCUCUAACGGAUCAACAGUUCUUCACACUACCUGUAUGUCCAGUGGCUCUCUUCCUAUACUCAAACAUCUGGUAGAGAAUCGUGAGUUAGAUCUAUGUGCUGUGAAUGAUGAGGGAAUGGCCCCUUUUCACUAUGCAUGUAGUAAGGGGAGACUGAACUUGGUCCAGUAUAUUAUAGAACAUUUAACAGUACAAAACAAAAUUGGCUCGAUCAACAUUCUUUUAAAGCAACAUGUGACCACAAAUGGCAGUGUAGCAUUACAUUUAGCCUGCACGAGUGGUAAUAUUCAAUUGGUGACUUUUCUAAUAGAUGACAUGAAGUGUGAUGUCACUGUUACUGAUAGACAUGGUAGUAAUUGUGUCAUACCUGCUUGUUUCUCUGGUAGUCUUGAUCUAAUACAAUUGCUGAUACAACAAUACAAGCUUGAACCUAUCAGUAUUAGCAACACUGGUUUCUCAGUAUUACAUGAAGCUGCUCAGAAUGGUCAUACUCAUAUACUGGAAUGGUACAGUCAGGAGUAUAGUGUGGAUAUUACUAAUCACACUAACAAUAACAAGUACACAUUAGCUCAUGCAGCUGCUUUUAAAGGUAAGGUACUUUGUCUACAAGAACUGAUCAACAAGUAUCAGUGUGAUGUUAAUGCCACUACUACUAAUGGUAGCACAGUUCUUCAUAUAGCGUGUGCAGGAGGCCAUGUUCCUGUUGUACUUUAUCUCACUAGUCUUCCUCAGUGUAAUGUAGCAGCUAAGACCUCUAACGGAUCAACAGUUCUUCACACUACCUGUAUGUCCAGUGGCUCUCUUCCUAUACUCAAACAUCUGGUAGAGAAUCAUGAGUUAGAUCUAUGUGCUGUGAAUGAUGAGGGAAUGGCCCCUUUUCACUAUGCAUGUAGUAAGGGGAGACUGAACUUGGUCAAGUAUAUUGUCGAACAUUUAACAGUACAAAACAAAAUUGGCUCGAUCAACAUUCUUUUAAAGCAACAUAUGACCACAAAUGGCAGUGUAGCAUUACAUUUAGCCUGCACGAGUGGUAAUAUUCAAUUGGUGACUUUUCUAAUAGAUGACAUGAAGUGUGAUGUCACUGUUACUGAUAGACAUGGUAGUAAUUGUGUCAUGCAUGCGUGUUUCUCUGGUAGUCUUGAUCUAGUACGAUUACUGAUACAACAAUACAAGCUUGAACCUAUCAAUAUUAGCAGCACUGGUUUCUCAGUAUUACAUGAAGCUGCUAAGAAUGGUCAUACUCAUAUACUGGAAUGGUACAGUCAGGAGUAUAGUGUGGAUAUUACUAAUCACACUGACAAUAACAAGUACACAUUAGCUCAUGCAGCUGCUUUUAAAGGUAAGGUACUUUGUCUACAAGAACUGAUCAACAAGUAUCAGUGUGAUGUUAAUGCCACUACUACUAAUGGUAGUACAGUUCUUCAUAUAGCAUGUGCAGGAGGCCAUGUUCCUGUUAUACUUUAUCUCACUAGUCUUCCUCAGUGUAUUGUAGCAGCUAAGACCUCUAACGGAUCAACAGUUCUUCACACUACCUGUAUGUCCAGUGGCUCUCUUCCUAUACUCAAACAUCUGGUAGAGAAUCAUGAGUUAGAUCUAUGUGCUGUGAAUGAUGAGAGAAUGGCUCCUAUUCACUAUGCAUGUAGUAAUGGAAGAUUGAACUUGAUCCAGUACAUUAUAGAACAAAUACCAUCAUCGCUUGAACUACCUGUAAGAAAUCAUGGUCAUACUCCAUUCCUUACUGCAGUGUACUACAAUCAGUUGGAAGUUAUGAAAUUUCUUAUUAGUAAGAAGUGCAAUGUAUCAGCUACCAACUAUGAAAGUUCUGGAGCAAUUCACAUAUCAGUAAUGAUAGGUCACUUGAAUGUAUUAAAGUAUCUCCUUGAUAAUAAUUAUUGUAAUCCUAUUGCAUUUGAUCAUAACAAGAGUACACCACUGCAUUAUGCAGUAUUAGCUAAUAGAUUAGAUAUACUAGAAUAUUUACUGAACAAGACCAUUCCCUCAGUUAGUGUGGAUUGGAUACGUAACACUAAGUGUUUAUUGGACUGUCCACAAGAUUUAAUUUCUCAUAUUAAAGUUCAAGAUAAUAAUGGUAAUUCACCACUCCACAUAGCUUGUAGAACAGGACAGCAAAGAGUGGUAGAAUUUUUGUUAAGAGCUAGUUUUUCUGCUAUUUGUAUAUUAUUAACUAACAAGGAAGGGCAGACACCAUUACACAUAGCAGCUGCUGCAGGUCAUCAAGAAAUUAUAAAGGCUUUACUGUCUUCAGUCACUGAUAGUUCCACUCAUCAUAAUCUCCUUACAGCUACUGAUGAUAAAGGAUGCACUGCAUGUCAUACAGCUUGCAAUAAUGGACAGGUUGGUGUGUUUCGUUAUUUAUCCAGUAUUCAUCCUCAAGGUGUUAAUGUAAUGGAUAACAGAGGACGUGGUUUACUUCAUGCAGCAUGUGAGGGAGGAGAUAUUGGAAUAGUAAGAACACUAAUUGAAACACAUGGACUGGAUCCUUUAGCAGAAGAUGAAGAUGGCAUCACCUGCUUACACUUACUAGCGGAGAGAAAGAGAGUUUACAUGUACCAGUAUUUGCAACCUACCGUCUCUAAUCCAGUACCUAAAGACAAGUCAGGUCGUACUCCUCUUCAUUAUGCUUCUCGUUCUGAUAAUAUUCGUAUGGUACGUUAUCUCAUAGAGACCUUCCCCUGUACUCCUGAUGAUCCUGAUAAUAAUGGAUACACUUCAGUUCAUGGAGCAUGCGAAGCUGGUAGUAUCGAGUUAGCACUAUACUUUCUAACUGAUCAUAAUUGCAAUGCACUAGCUGAAACAAAUGAUUUAAAAACCCUGCUUUAUUAUGCUAGCAAGAGUUCUAACUUGGAGCUUGUUAGGUUUCUCAUUAAAAGAUGUAAUUUAAAACCUCGUCCUCAUGAUAUUGAAGUAGCUCAGGCCAUUAAUCCUGAUUCUUUAUUAGCUAAAUAUCUUGAAAAGGCCUAUCAUGAAAUGAUUUUUGAUAUGACGGAGGAGGAAAGAAGAAGAUAUUUCAAGCGAACAACAACAGGUGCAGGUAUUGAGGAACAUCAAAUUACCAAAAGAAUGAAACUAGGUGAGGAUUAGACAUAAAAAAGACAAAUUAUCAAGAACCAUACUAUCUUCACUUUUUGUUAUUCUUUAUUUCAAGCGAUCUUAUUUUAACAUUAGCUCUUCUUUACUUGCAUGGGAACUUAAGCAGCAGCACAAUAUGGCAUAUAGGAAGGCCAUUAUUUCUAUUGCAUCACCACAAAUCACUAGUCAGGCGGGCCCGCCUGACUAACAAAUCACAGCUUUACAAUUUUUCUUUCUCUCACUUUUUUAUUUAUCUUUUCGAAAUUUCAUCAUGUUACCUAUUACUGUUAUUUUUAGAAAUUGAUUUUUUGUUUGUACAUGGCAUGAUACAUGCACAUUUAUUGCUUUGCUUUCUGACUAUUAUUAUUAUUAUUAAUUAUUUUUUUGCUAAAUUUGAUAGUUUAUUUGUUCUCUUUAUAAUUAAUCAGAUAAUCAAUCUAUUG